AAACGAGGAGAGAGAGAGAGAGAGAGAGAAAAAGACAGGGAUGAACGCCAUGUCUGAUCCUUCCGUGGAGGAGUGAAAGAGAGAAAAGGAGGCGAGGCGAGGCGGGGAGCGCGUGCGGCUGUUGGAGGAGGUUUCCGGGGGGGAGGCCGCAGGCCCGGCGGCUCGGCCAUGGCGGAGAAUUCGGCGGGAAGUGCGCACGGCUCGGCGAAGGCGAAGGCGCAGCUCCGCUCCUCACCGCGCCUCAAGAAACUCGAGAAACUCGCCGUGUACUCUUCCUGUAAGGCUGAAGGAGCUUGUAAGUGUAAUGGUUGGAAGAGCCAAAAUCCGCCUCCUACUCCACCACCUCCAACCCCACCCAGGGCUGAACAACCUAACUCUGUGAAUCUCCUCGAACCUUGCAGGAGUUGCAGCCACCCUUUAGGAGACCAUGUAACACAUCUGGAGAACGUUUCAGAAGACGAGAUGAACAGAUUACUGGGUAUUGUGCUGGAUGUGGAGUAUCUCUACACAUGCGUCCACAAAGAGGAGGACGCUGACACUAAGCAAGUCUACUUCUCUCUGUUUAAGUUGCUAAGGAAAUGCAUCCUGCAAAUGGGGAGGCCUGUGGUGGAGGCUUUAGAGAGUCCACCGUUUGAGAAACCAAGCAUCGAGCAGGGGGUGAAUAACUUUGUUCAGUACAAGUUCAGUCACCUCCCAUCGAAAGAGCGACAGACCAUUGUGGAACUGGCCAAGAUGUUCCUAAACCAGAUCAACUUCUGGCAGUUGGAGACGCCGUCGCAGAGACGGCAGCGGGUCCCUAUUGAUGACGCAGCUGGCUAUAAAAUCAACUACACCAGGUGGCUGUGCUACUGUAACGUACCGCAGUUUUGCGACAGUCUCCCGCGCUAUGAGGCUACGCAGAUCUUUGGCCGCACUCUACUGCGUUCUGUCUUCACCAUCAUGAGAAAACAGCUGCUGGAACAGGCCAGGCAGGAGAAAGACAAACUGCCUCCUGAGAAACGAACACUCAUCCUAACACACUUCCCCAAGUUCCUUUCUAUGUUGGAAGAGGAGGUGUACAGCCCUAAUUCUCCUAUUUGGAGUGAAGACUCCAUGGGUGGUGCGUCAGGUGGACAUAUCCCUAGAGUGAUCAGUGCGCCCCAGGUGGCCCGGCCACUCUACUGCACCACUACGUCCUCUCCUGUGGGGCUGACGGGAACAGGCAGUGUGAGUCCUGCACGCAAAACUGCAUCCGCUCUGGAACCUAGCACAGGUGGAGAGAAGCGAAAGUCCUCUGAACCACUUUCUCUUGAAGACACUAAGAAAGCACGGGUCAUGGGUGACAUUCCUAUGGAGCUGAUAAACGAGGUCAUGUCCACCAUCACAGAUCCUGCUGCCAUGCUUGGACCAGAGACCAGUCUCCUCUCGGCUCACUCUGCACGAGAUGAGGCUGCACGGUUGGAAGAAAGGCGAGGCGUAAUAGAGUUUCAUGUCAUUGGAAACUCCCUCAACCAGAAGCCUAACAAGAAGAUUUUGAUGUGGCUGGUGGGCCUUCAGAAUGUUUUCUCUCACCAGCUGCCUCGAAUGCCCAAAGAGUACAUUACACGCCUCGUCUUCGACCCAAAGCACAAGACGCUGUCUCUAAUCAAAGAUGGCCGUGUGAUUGGGGGAAUCUGCUUCCGGAUGUUUCCAUCUCAGGGCUUCACAGAAAUAGUUUUUUGUGCUGUAACCUCCAAUGAACAGGUCAAGGGUUACGGAACACACCUGAUGAACCACCUAAAAGAGUAUCACAUCAAACACGAGAUCCUCAACUUCCUCACGUAUGCUGAUGAGUACGCUAUUGGCUACUUCAAAAAGCAGGGAUUCUCUAAAGACAUAAAGGUCCCGAAAGCCAAGUACGUGGGCUACAUUAAAGACUAUGAGGGAGCAACGCUCAUGGGCUGCGAACUCAACCCCAGCAUACCGUAUACAGAGUUCUCGGUCAUCAUUAAGAAACAGAAAGAGAUCAUUAAGAAGCUGAUAGAGAGGAAACAGGCACAGAUACGCAAGGUGUAUCCUGGUCUGUCCUGUUUUAAGGAAGGUGUUCGCCAGAUUCCCAUCGAGAGCAUUCCAGGCAUACGUGAAACAGGCUGGAAACCUUUGGGGAAAAGCAAAGAGGUGAAAGAUCCAGAUCAGCUGUGUAGCACCUUAAAAACCAUUCUACAGCAGGUCAAGUCCCACCAGAACGCAUGGCCCUUUAUGGAACCUGUAAAGAAGAAUGAUGCACCUGGUUAUUACCAAGUCAUUCGUUUUCCAAUGGACUUGAAGACUAUGAGUGAGCGCCUGAAGAGUCGCUACUACACCACAAGGAAGCUGUUCAUGGCGGACAUGCAGCGGAUUUUCACUAACUGUCGGGAGUACAACCCUCCUGAAAGCGAGUACUACAAGUGUGCUAACCUGCUGGAGAAGUACUUCUACAUUAAGAUUAAAGAGGCGGGCCUUAUCGACAAGUAGAACAGCCUGAACACUCUAAGGGGAUCUGCCUCACCUUUUUUUUUUUUUUUUAAAUCCCUUUCUUGCACUUUUUUUCUUCAGUGGCACUUGUCAGACUUUGUUGGCUUGAGCUCUUUCCAACAUGAAAGAUUUUACAGCUCGGAACCCGUUUCCAUAAAACUGGUUGUAGCACAAAAACUGUACAUCAGCAGAGCUUCAAAACUCUGAUAGGCUAUAGAUGAUGUUAGCGAGAUGUGUACGUGUGUGUAGUCUGCCCAAGGACAUCUUGGUGUGUACAUAGCGUCCAUCAUGUUUCUGAAACAUUACCCCUGCCAAAAACACAACAUUUCACGUGUGAGUGAGAACCUGUGUACGUAAACCAACUUUAAAAUAAUAGCUGUAUAUUUUCUAUGGUAGAGAAUUUGUCAUCAUGUACAUGAACAUACUUUAUACGUCAUGCAAGUGACAUUAUUCAAAAAAGCCACAUACUUCUGCUACAUUUUCUAUGUAAAAAUCUGCACUUAUUAUUUAAAGAAAUUGCGAUAAAUACAAGCAUUUGUAAGAUAAGAUGAAGGUCUGUUGGAAAAAAAAAUGCACCGAGUGGUUGGUUGUUGCUCUGCAUUGCACAGGAUUUGGAAAGUCUUACUGUGUGUUUUUGGUCUUAACUUCUAUCCAAGUGAUGAAAAAAUACAACCUUGUAGUUAAAGGCAACAACAAAAGAAAAUGUGCAAUAACUCAUAGAUUUGUUGUUUUGUAAAAUGUUUGUACUUUUAAAUAUUUAGGAAGAGAUGGAGUUUGUAUUGUUAUUUUAU